CUGAGCCCCCGCGUGGUGGAGGCCAGGUCAUGUCGCUUGUGCUGCUGAGCCUGGUUGCACUAUGCAGAAGCGCCAGAAGCACCAUGCCCCAAGAACCGAAUAUUCAGUGUGGCUUUGAAGCUGGGCCAUCUCCAGAGUGGAUGAUCCAACAUACUCUGACCCCAGGAGACUUGAGGGACCUCCGAGUGGAACCCGUUAGAACCAGUGCUGCAGCAAAAGACAAUUCAAUUUUGAUGAACAUAAGCUGGACACUCCGAGCAGAUGCCAGCAUCCGUCUGUUGAAGGCUACCAAAAUCUGUGUGACAGGCAAAAGCCAUGUGCAGUCAUAUAGCUGUGUGAGGUGUAAUUACACAGAGGCUUUCCAGAGUCAGACCAGACCCUCUGGUGGCAAGUGGACAUUCUCCUACAUAGGCUUUCCUGUGGAGCUGAGCACUCUCUAUCUCAUUGGUGCCCAUAAUAUCCCCAAUGCAAAUAUGAAUGAAGACGGCCCAUCUUUAUCUGUCAACUUCACCUCACCAGGAUGCUUAGACCACAUAAUGAAAUACAAACAAAAGUGCAUUGAUGCAGGGAGUCUGUGGGAACCAAACAUCACUGCUUGUAAGAAGAAUGAGAAAAUGGUUGAAGUGAAUUUUACAAACAGUCCCCUUGGAGACAGAUACAUGAUUCUUAUCCAGUAUAACACCAGUGUUAUAUUGGAGAACAAACUAACUCGGACUUCUGUAGUCAUUCCGGUGAAUGGGGAGAGCGAAGGUGCCGUGGUUCAGGUGACUCCAUAUUUCCGUACCUGUGGCAAUGAUUGCAUCCGACGGAAAGGAAUUGUGGUGCUUUGCCCACAGACAGUUAGUCCCUCCUCUCCAGAUAACAACAGAAGUGUGCUGGGAGGCUGGCUUCCUCUCCUCCUGUCGCUGCUGGUGGCCACUUGGGUGCUGGCAGCUGGUAUCUACCUGACGUGGAAGCAUGAGAGGAUCAAGAUGAUGUCUUUUCCUACUACCACCACACUACUUCCUCUCGUUAAGGUUUUGGUAGUUUACCCAUCUGAUGUAUGUUUCCAUCAUACAGUCUGUUACUUCACUGAAUUUCUUCAAAACCACUGUAGAAGUGAGGUUGUCCUUGAAAAGUGGCAGAAAAAGAGAAUAGCUGAGGUGGGUCCCCUGCAGUGGCUUACUACUCAGAAGCAAGCAUCAGAUAAAGUGAUCUUCCUCCUUUCUAACGCUGCCUGUGAUGGGGCUUGUGGCCAGAAUGAGUGCGCCCCAAGGGAGAACUCUCAGGACCUGUUCCCUCUUGCCUUUAACCUUUUUUGCAGUGAUCUAAGUAGCCAGACUCAUCUGCACAAAUACAUGGUGGUUUACUUCAGAAGGGCUGAUAUCAAAGACAAUUACAAUGCUCUCCAUGUCUGCCCCAAAUACCACCUCAUGAAGGAUGCCAAUGCUUUCCGCACAGAACUGCUUCGUGUCACACCACAUGUGUCAGUAGGGAAAUGGUCACAAUCCUGCCACGGCAGCUGCUCCCCCUUGUAGUCCACGUAGGAGAAGGGAAAGACCUCACAUUUUUCCUACUCCAAUCCCAGUAACAAAAGCUUUAUGAUGACCCUAAAGUUUACUGUACAGUUUGUUUGUAAGAAUAGUACAAACACAACUGCUUUAGAACUGGAGAAUGCCUUAGGCUAGUCACUAACAAUCUUUAUGCUUAUUGUUAAGAACAUCACUAACUACUAGAACAUUAAAAAACUGAAACUUAUAGAACUACAAAACUAAAUCUUGUAUCAAAAGUCCAAAAUGGUUACAAUUAAGAACUCUAAUCAUUCUGGAAUAAAGCAUCCUUCAACCAAAA